UUGUAAUGGCGGAGAGAAGUCGGACAAUAACAUUUAUUAACUUAAAAUUACAAGGAUAUUUUGUAUAACAGUUUGGUUCUGUUUUGCAGGAUAUUUUUUGUCCUGUACCGUUUGUUAAGUGGUUACGAAUAUCCAGUUCGUCUGCAGCCUGCGAAGUAGAUUUGUUUCAGUGGAGAAUUAUGUUAUUUGUAUUUUUUGUGUUAUUAAUUUAAAUAGGGAUUUGGUGAAAAAACUUGUUGGGAUCAAAAAAACUUUUUUGCUUUCGUUAUGCUUAAAGGCGGCCUGCCUCACACCAGAUAGCUAUGGCAAAUUUGAACUUUACAAGAAAUAUUGGAGGUAACAGCCUCGGAAGAUCUAGUGUUAGUUUUGGGAGUAAUUCUAUGUCUGGUCAUGUUACCCCUGUUUUUGGACAAAGAACACCUUCUGAAAGAAGAACCCUACCUUCUAUGGGAAAUAGUAACCAAAUGGGUAACAUGAACACGCUGGGCGGUUACAGUUCCUUUAACUCUGUUUUUGGUUCUGGAGACACUAACACGCCGUCUUUAUUAGACCUCAGUGAGUUUCCGUCGUUAACGAAUCGAAGUUCAGGUGAUAACGUCCCCCAGCCAAGUCCUAUGCCCGGUGCGAAGCCUUACGUUGGAAUGGUCAAACAGCCGACGUCCGAGUCCAGCGAAUUCACCAUGUCAUCCGAAGACUUUCCUGCCUUACCCGGGACCCACAACAGGGACGGGGCGUCUCCUGGCAGCAGUACAUCUGGUGACAAGAACGUUUCUGGGGGCGGCGACGGUGGCGUGAGUUCAAGGGAAGGUGAUAAAAAUGGCUCUAAGUCAGGGAUUCAAACAUCUCCCGACGGACGAGUCACCAACAUCCCAGCCAGCAUGGUGAACGAUCAGUUCGGCAUCGUUGGCCUGUUGACGUUCAUAAGAGCGGCCGAGACUGAUCCCAACCUAGUGUCCCUGGCCCUGGGGCAAGACUUGACUGCACUCGGAUUGAAUCUCAAUUCACCGGACAACCUCUACCCCACGUUCGCCGGGCCAUGGGCCGAGCACCCCUGCAGGCCUCAAGACAUUGAUUUCCACGUUCCUCCAGAGUAUCUCAUUAACCACGCCAUCAGGGAUAAACUUGCGUCGAUGAAGUUAAGUCGAUAUAAAGACGACCUCCUCUUCUUCAUGUUCUACAACAACGUGGGCGAUGUACUUCAAAUAGCGGCAGCUUCGGAGUUGUACAGCAGGGAGUGGAGGUACCACACGGAGGAGAAGGUGUGGAUCACGCAGGUGCCCGGUAUGGUCCUGAUGGAAAAGACGUCCACGUACGAACGGGGCACCUACUACUUCUUCGACGCGCAGAACUGGCGGAAGGUGGCGAAAGAGUUCUACCUGGAUUACAGCAAGCUGGAGGGGAGGCCCGUUAUGAACCAAAACCUGCACCACAAUUCAUGAAAGUCUUCAUCCAUGACUUUGCCCGACUAUAAAUAAAUGAAAAGUGUAUACAUUAUAUAUGAAUUGUUAAUUUUAAGAGUAAUUACUUCUGAUACACAAGCGUCGCGGGGCGCUUGUCUCUCAGAAUUGAAUAAGUAUUAAUUUGAAAAGAUUAAAGUUAUAUAUCUAUACAGUUUUCAUUUUAUUUGUAUAUUUACUGUACAAUAUUAAUAAAUAAUGAUUAUUAUGAAUAUCGUCGUAAA